GCUUGCCGCUUGCAUCAGUUAAAUGCUUAACAUCACAAGCAAGUGAACGCUGGUGUUGGCCAGACGUGUGUGCUUUUUGUGGCUCCGUCGAGAUCAUUUCAUUCUUAUAUUCUACACAGGCGCAACUACGGGCAAAACAAGUUCUAAAUUUACCGCACGUACGCUUGUCGAGUCUUUAAAGUUUAUUGUGUAAAAAUCCGACUGAAACAAGGGAGCGGGAACGUGAAGAGUCGCCAAGAUGGGGGAUAUGUUCCGCAGUGAGCAAAUGGCAUUAUGCCAGGUGUUUAUACAACCAGAGGCCGCAUACACCUCUGUCUCGGAGCUGGGCGAAACCGGCUGUGUGCAAUUUCGCGAUCUGAACAGCAAUGUGAACGCCUUCCAACGUAAGUUCGUGACGGAGGUGCGUCGCUGCGAUGAGCUGGAGCGCAAGAUACGCUACAUCGAGACGGAGAUUAAGAAGGACGGCAUUGCGCUGCCCGAUAUCCAGGAUGACAUUCCGCGUGCGCCCAAUCCACGCGAGAUCAUCGAUCUGGAGGCGCAUCUGGAAAAGACCGAAACGGAAAUGAUUGAGCUCGCACAGAACGAGGUGAACAUGAAGUCCAAUUAUAUGGAAUUGACGGAGCUGCGCAAGGUGUUGGAGAACACACAGGGCUUCUUCUCCGACCAGGAGGUGCUCAAUCUGGACUCAACCAAUCGCCCCGGCGGUGUCAUCGAUGAGGCCACUGCUCAGCAUCGUGGACGCCUGGGAUUCGUGGCAGGUGUUAUCAAUCGCGAGCGUGUCUUUGCCUUUGAGCGCAUGCUGUGGCGCAUCUCGCGUGGCAAUGUGUUCCUCAGACGCUCCGACUUGGAUGAACCCCUGAACGAUCCAGCCACUGGCCAUCCCAUCUAUAAGACCGUCUUUGUGGCCUUCUUCCAGGGCGAGCAGCUGAAGAAUCGCAUCAAGAAAGUCUGCACCGGCUUCCACGCUUCGCUCUAUCCGUGCCCCAGUUCGCACAAUGAGCGUGAGGAGAUGGUCAAGAAUGUGCGCACACGCCUUGAGGAUCUGAAGCUGGUGCUCAGCCAGACCGAGGAUCAUCGUAGUCGUGUGCUGGCCACUGUCUCCAAGAAUUUGCCCUCGUGGUCGAUCAUGGUCAAGAAGAUGAAAGCCAUCUAUCAUACGCUCAAUCUGUUCAACAUGGAUGUGACCAAGAAGUGCCUCAUCGGCGAAUGCUGGGUGCCCACCAAGGAUCUGCCUAUUGUGCAGAAGGCAUUGUCCGAUGGCUCCGCUGCUGUCGGCAGCACAAUUCCGUCAUUCAUUAACGUCAUCGAUACGAACGAAAUGCCGCCAACCUUCAAUCGGACCAACAAGUUCACACGCGGCUUCCAGAACCUGAUCGACUCCUAUGGCAUUGCCUCGUAUCGCGAGUGCAAUCCGGCAUUAUAUACUUGCAUUACAUUCCCCUUCCUCUUCGCCGUAAUGUUCGGCGAUUUGGGCCAUGGUCUGAUCCUGUUGUUGUUCGGCGGCUGGAUGGUGGUCAGCGAGCAGAAAUUGGCGCGCAUCAAGAAUGGUGGUGAGAUCUGGAACAUCUUCUUUGGCGGCCGCUACAUCAUUCUGCUUAUGGGUCUGUUCUCAUGCUACACGGGCUUCAUCUAUAACGAUGUCUUCUCAAAGUCCAUGAAUAUAUUUGGCUCUAAUUGGAAAAAUCAAUACAACACUUCCACCGUUCUUGCCAAUGAACAUCUACAGUUGGAUCCAAAUACAACCGCCAUAGGUGUCUACCCUCUUGGCUUGGAUCCCGUCUGGCAGCUGGCCGACAACAAGAUCAUCUUUCUCAACAGUUUUAAGAUGAAGCUGUCCAUCAUUGUCGGUGUGCUGCACAUGAUCUUUGGUGUUUGCAUGUCCGUCUGCAACUUUGUACAUUUCAAGCGCUACUCAUCCAUAUUCUUGGAGUUUGUGCCACAAGUCCUGUUCCUGCUGCUGCUCUUCGGCUACAUGGUGUUCAUGAUGUUCUUCAAAUGGUUCAAAUACAAUCCUUACACCGAUUUCACGCCCGAUACACCUGCAUGUGCUCCAUCCGUGCUAAUCAUGUUCAUCAAUAUGAUGUUGUUUAAGAGAACGCCGCCAUUUCCUAAUUGUAAUGAGUACAUGUUCGAAUCGCAGCCUGAGCUACAAAAGACCUUUGUCAUCAUUGGUCUAAUUUGCAUUCCUUGGAUGCUGCUGGGCAAGCCGCUGUAUAUUUUAGCCACUCGUCGCAAGACUGUCGCACAUGUCAAGCACAAUGGCGAGUUGACAGGCAACAUGGAACUGGCCGAGGGAGAGACGCCAUUGCCCACUGGAUCUUCUGAAAACGAGGAAGGUGCAGGUGGUGCUCACGGCCAUGACGAUGAACCCAUGAGCGAAAUUUACAUUCAUCAAGGCAUUCACACCAUCGAAUAUGUACUCAGUACCAUCUCGCAUACAGCUUCGUAUCUGCGAUUGUGGGCUCUGUCCUUGGCUCAUGCUCAACUGUCCGAGGUGUUGUGGAACAUGGUGCUGUCGCUGGGUCUUAAGAUGUCUCCCUAUACCGGCGCCAUUGCACUGUACGUCAUUUUCGGCGCAUGGUGCUUGUUCACUCUGGCAAUUUUGGUCAUGAUGGAGGGUCUGUCCGCCUUCCUGCACACGCUGCGUCUGCACUGGGUGGAGUUCAUGAGCAAGUUCUACGAGGGUAUGGGCUAUGUCUUCCAGCCCUUCAGCUUCAAGUCAAUCAUUGAUGGCGAAGAAGAGGAAGGAUAAUUUCCACGACCCCACAAAAUAUAUAAGUAAUCAACUUAUUUGUAUCAGCUCGUUUAUUAUGUUUUUCCGUUUUGUUAAUUAUGUAUUUUUGUUUUCUCAAUACUGUCAGUAUUGUGGUGCUCUUCCCACAUUUACCUUCAUACAUUGUAUUCCAUCCGUUGUUGAAAUACUUGCGUCUUAUUCGAUAUGUAUUCGCAUAAAUCGUUUCCAAGCAAUAAUUUGAUAUUCGUUACAAAUAAUUUUUUAAUUAAAAGUCAGUUUUAUAACUGUCUGUUUAAAAUUUAUCGUAGGGAUGUUUGUGAGACUUGGGAUAUCCUUGAUAUAAAUUUUAAGCAAAUAUUGUACUUGAUAAAAUAAAGCAAGAAGAGAGCAGAAAA